AGAUGCAGUGACAGCACUGACCAGGGUAUUUGGCGUUUUUUUUUCCGGAUAUUAGGUAGUACGAUGCUGAUUUGUUUAAAAAGUCAGUCAUAAAAAUUUUAAAACUAAAAACUUUUCUUUUCUUCAUCAUUUUUCUCGACGUCCAAGAGUUGAGCGUUGUCCCCCGCUGACCACCUGGCUUGGUUCAUCAUCCCGAGAAUGAAUUCGAACUCGGUUUUUGUCCGGAUUCGCCCAGUGGAAGUGAACACGUCCAGCACGACAAAAAAUCCGCCAAAAGACGAGGUGAUUUGUUGGUGCCCGAGUAAUUGCACCAAAAAGGACCGCCUUUUCUUCGACCGGGGAACGGUUCUGGAAGAGUACCGUUUUCCAACGGUACUGGCGCCGCAGGAUGAUAACAAAGCAUUGUUUGACGCGCUGAACAGUCGGAAAAAGGUCGUAAUCGAGAAAAAAAUAGAUCAAGACGGCGAGGACGAACUACAGCAGGAAGGACCUUGCUCAUCGCGACAAGACAAUCAACUCGCAGAUGACGCCCCACAAGCAAAACCUCCUUCUUCGCAAAAUGAUGAAAAUCCGGAUCAAGAUUUGGACACCAUUACCUGCAACGUGUUCCAGGGCAUUAACGAGACCAUUUUUUGCUACGGGCAAACCUCGUCCGGAAAAACCCAUUCGGUGUUUGGGUCGGAGCAGGAACCGGUAUGCAUUGCAAAACUAUCGUACUAGUAUAAAUUGCAUUGCAAAUUUUCCCAAGAACAAAAAUGCAAUUUGUCAUGCUAUUUCAGGUAGAAAGUUGGAUUUGUCAUGCAUAUCUGCAAUUAGUACGAGUGCGAUACUUUUGCACAGGAUAACCGGGCUUGAGUCACCACUUCGUCCGCAGUCUGUUCAACUACAAAAACGUACCAAGAAGAAAAAUCCCCCCUCCCCACAUCAAAACGAAGUUUCUGAUGCUGGAUUUCCGUACACAAGACAGAGCUGUCUUGCAGUAGAGCAUUGCAGGCAUAUGCCGCGCCUGAGUGCAGAGCUUCUGACGUGGACGCUUAGCAUCACAAAUGUCUAUGCUGUAGCCCAAGCAGCAUCACAAACCGUCCGCAUAAUGCGGCGGAGACCGUAGAGUUGCCUUCUUGCAAGACAAAAAAGAUUUGGGGUCACAAAUCAGCAUUACAAAUUUUCUGAGAAGUACCUUUUUGAUAUGGGGAGGGAGAAUUUUUCCUUUUGAUAAAACGCCCUGGCCGCCUCCGCGUCGGUGGAUUUUCUCGAGGUGAAAUGCUUCGAGAUUUUCGGCGACACCCUGACCGAUUUGCUGCCAGAGCAAGUUCUGGAAGCGUUUUCUCCACCGCCAAGAAGAGGUGCAGCUCGUGGUGGCGGUGCCACGUCGGCCGCCGGGGGUGGUGGACAACAACAGGGCGCGUUCCGGACAGAGCAAAUCUUCUUGAAAACGAAUCGGUUUUCGUAUAAAGUGGCACGCUGUCGCACCGCGCUGGAAUGUCUGGAUCUGCUGGAGCAUGCCGUAAGAAGUUCAAGUUUUUUUAUUUUUUUGAUAUCUGUGCUCAAGGAUAAGUUGGCUGUGGUAGAUUAGAAGUUGCAUGGUGACGACAUCAAAAGCAGGAGUUUUGACGAACCCCCCGAAAAUACUACACCUUCGUACUAGGACAAAAUACCACCACCUUGAAACUCAAUGUUGCUGCAGGUGACCAAUCGCAAAUCUGGAGCCUCCUCGAUGAACAUGCGGUCGUCGCGUAGCCACUGCAUUCUGCAGAUAAGUGCGGACCGAAAGCAUCGCCGGGAAAACGUGAGAACCAAAGGCACCCUCACGCUCGUGGACUUGGCGGGCUCUGAGCGCGAAUUUUCCGCUGCGAGUGCCCCGCCGGGACUUCUGUUGACAGCAGCUGGAGGUGGUCAACAAGUUGGCCUACCAGGAUCUGGAUCUUCUGUCCUUCCUGGUAGUUGCACUUCUACAGCCUUCCCGGAGCAAGAGGAUUUAGCUUCUGCUGCACUUUCGACGAGUCAAAAAUCGUCUCGCAACAUUCUCAACACCUCGCUGAGCACGCUCACACGGUUACUCCGCCAGAUGCAGAAGGGGAAGCUGAACGAGGCCGACAAGCGGCAGAGCGUCUUGAACAAGGCCCUGUUUGACUUUGUGCAGCCCAGCUGCGGGAUUUUCCUGAUUUUCUGCGUCAACCCGCUGCUCCAUUCCCUGUGCUACACCACGUCGACGCUGCAGAUGGCGGUGGAUUGCAAGACAAUUAAGCAGAAGCGAAAACAGACCUUUCUCAAAGCCAGCUCGAAAGAAACCGGCGAACUGCGGAUCUUUGCCUUGGACGGCAACGGGUUUCAGGAGGGAGGCGCAUUCGCUUCGAAGGAAAGCAAGGAGAGCUUACGGGAAACGCUGAAAGAGCACUACGACCGGGCUGUGCUGGUGGACGAUUACGAUCCUAGAGUUGUAUCCGGCCGCGGCGGCGGGGCACCCGGGCAACGCGAGGGGGAGGCGGAGAUGAGCAGUGGCACGGGUAUGUUAAUCGAGCCCGCUUUUAUGGAUGCGUUUGAAGACGAGGACGCUGUUGCAAGACUGGCUCUGGAAGCGGAGGAGGACCUCCACGCAGGAUUGGCGAGUGAAGAUGGUGCAGCUUCCGGGUCCAGCUCCUCUUUGGGGAAACAUAGAAACAAUGCCAGCGGUCGCCGUUUCCUCCACGAGCCCCAUCUUUUGCACGGCGUGAACACAACAAAUGAUGGAAAUGUGAGAAUUUCCGCGCAGGACAGUUUGGAAAAGGACCUGCUCCGCAAAAACGGUUUGCUUCUUCAAAACACAGCAGCUGCACCUCCCGGGAGCGGCGGCAGCAGCAGCAGCAAAGUUUCUUCCGCUGCCGAUUUGCAAAUGGAUCUGGGGGAAAGUGCGACGCCGAGCGGAAGCAGGAGCAAGAUGAACUACCACCACGGCAAAAAUUUGAUAAACACAACUCCAAGUGUCGGGUCCGGCUCCGCGUCUUCUACCGUGGUGUCGAGCGAGGUCUACUGCCGGCUGAAGUCGAAGUACAAAGCCAUGAAGCACCUACACCAGAAAACGAUCCAAGUCCUGGUGAACGCGAACCAAAAACUGCACCAAGAGGCGGAGGAAAUGAAGUUAAUGAAGUGGACGGAAGAUAGAAAUACGAAGAAAGUGCCAGAUCAAUUAUCAGGUGCAAGCUCUAUCUCUGCAUCCGGUGACGAGGGAGAGGUGGAUCCGCAAGGAGCGAGAAGAAGAAAAUGCAUACGCAGAAAUACGAAGAAAAUGCAUACGCAGCAAGGAGCGAGUAAGCGAGCCUGUGAGUGCGGCUCGUGCCUUGGUGCGGGAGCUAUUUAGUUAACAGAAUCCUGACAUGCAUGAACUGGGCAGCGGACGCGUGAGAGAAGACGACGCUUUUCGUUUUCUUUCAUUUCUACGCGUAUGGGCUUAGCGCACCCACCCCCGCAGCUGUCGAGCAGCUUUGCUCAUUCGGCAACUUUGCCUCUCAGUCACACUUGUGACUCCACGCUUGUGGGAUUUUGAGCCAGCUUUGGCUUCGCCUAUUUUGGCCUUCGCUCUUAAUCACACUUGUGACCGCUUCGCUUGAAGCGCUUUUUGCCAGCUUUGGCUUCGCCAUUUUGGCAAUUUUCAAUAGUGCGCUCUGCGUCGCUUUGCUAACCUGCGAUGUCACGCUUGUGACACUUUACUUCGUCUCUCAUUGCCAUUUCUCUUUGCUACAUCAUUUCAUUUUUUCCGCGUUGUCGCCUUAUUGGCGCUCGUCGGCCUACCCUCCUGUUCCGAGGUUCAUCCGCACGUUGUGCGGGGUUCUCCUCGGCUGCGGCUCCGCCACGGUGGGUCGGGGCUCGCGUCGAUGAACGCUUGCGGGAGGGCCGCCGACGCACGCCAAAUGGGCUCGCUUCUUGGAUUGGAUAACUAAAGUGCCAGAUCAAUUAUCAGGUGCAAGCUCCAUCUCUGCAUCCGGUGACGAGGGAGAGGUGGAUCCGCAAGAAGCGCCACCGCCGUCCGUCCGCUGGGUUGGAAAAAAGAACUUUCAUCUGCUGAGCCAAGCAGCCAGAAGCAUGACGACAAACGAGCGGAUGAAGAAAGCGGAGAAAGAAGAUCACACGUUGGAAACGAGUACUGCUGCUGCUCAAACUAUCAUGCCCUCUUCAGCCACCUCCUCCUGUUCGUCGAGUAGAGAAGGUUCGAAAAGGGCACCAGGGAAGAUGCCGAACAGUGCGAGGAUUUUUAAAAAGCCGGCAAAAAAGUUGUCAAGCAGGAAAGGGAGUGCAGAUCUUUCCGACAAAAAUGCAGACGCACAUGUUGCCACAGGCGUAGAGGGCGUAGGUGCAGGUGCAGCAUCACGGAAAAAUAAGUCCACCUCUUCGGACCAUGACGAAAAUAACGGCUCUUCCCACAUCGAUCUGCUCCGACUGCACCGGCUGAUGGCCGCUGGUGCUGGACCACCAGCAGGCGCUGCUUCAACAGGACCCCCGUCUUCGCGACGAGCAGCUGCACCGGAGACACCGAGCGCCUUGUCCAACGCCAGCAGCCGGAGCAACAUCCUGCGGAUAUGCAAUGUAAAUUUCGUGUACAUGUACAAAAUGCAUGACAAAUUUCGCUACCUUGCAGAGCCCAGCUUGUCAUGCUGCACUAGAAUUGAAGGCAAGUUUUGUCAUGCAGAAACCACAUUUGUACGUGUACGGGAAAUUUACUGUGGAUAGCGGACCCGCCGGUCCGCCCGCAUCACCGCGGACGACAUCGUCGCGUCACGACAAGGUAUGGAAGCGUCAGGAUUGAAAUCGUCAAAGUUGAAAUAAUUUGUGAUGCAUAAAAUGCAACCCACAGAGCGCCUGUCUUGCAGAGUAGGCAAGGGAGGCAUAUUGCAAGCCUGUUGAGGGGUAGAAAUAGAGCUGCUAAAGUAGCAUGACAAAAGGCGUCUUCUUUACCCAAACAGCAUUACAAACUGGAUUUAGGUACCGCCAAAACUUGUCAUGGGCCACUUGAAAACUGGGCUCCAACUGGCAUCCAUUUUAUGCAUGACAAACUAUUUCAACUCUGACGAUUUCAAACCUGACACAUCCAUACAAGGUAGAGCAAGUACACGAGAAAAUAAAGCGUCGAAAGAGCAACAAGUAGAAACGCCACUUCUACUGUCGAGUGCCGACCACAGUGUGCAUUCACUUGCGCAACAAGUGGCCCCGUCUGUGGCUAAUAGAACUGGUGGUCGUGGUGCACCGCGAGCAGGACCACAUCACCCUGGGCGCCGUCGUGCCGAUUCCGGUGAUACCGGUGAAGCAGCGGCGAAAGUCGAGGAGUCGGUGUCCCGUGUGGCCCGGCGAUUCCUACGAAGUGUGGACGAUCACGUGGGUGGCGGGCAGAAUUCCGUAGCGGAAAGCAAAUUACACGCGUCAACCAAGUCCUCCUCCAAAGCUCGUCGUGCGCACAGUACUUCUCAGGCUAGCUGCAAGAAAGCCGACGAGCAGGCGGCCAAGAGGAAAAUUUAUCACACGAUUUUCACACAAGGCGACCAAGAGGUUCAGGGCGGUGACGAGCAGGACGACAAACAUCUUGAUGUUGAAGACGACGCUGGUGCGCCGCUUGAUUUCUUCCGCCACGGUCCUCGGUCUCGCGGUCCGUCGAACGCGACAAGCAGUCACCAGGCAAACAACGUCUCCGUUUUUUCAGAGCUGGUAGACUCUACUUCAGAAGAAAAUCAUCGGUUCGACUUCGAGCAAUUUCAUUUUGAAGAUGGAAUGGGAAAAGAUAAAGAAAAGCAGCAUGACCAUCAUGUAGUUGAUCCAGAAAUUGCUUUGUCGCAAGAACAUGUCCUUGAGCAACGCGCGUCCUACAGCCGGCUGUAUCGAAGUGCGAACUCGGCGUCAGUGCUUGAUUACUCGGACGACUCCGCGUCAAAUGGAGAGGAUGAAGAUGCGGAGGACGAAGAAGCCGCGCAGCGGUCAAUGAUGCUAGUGGACAAAAGUACAGGUACAGCAGAAGUAGAUGCUGAAAAAGAAAACGCGCAGUCAAUUCUCGCCAAGCACGUUGCGGAGCAGCACGAGAGCAUGCUGACCGCCGAGGGGGGAGAAGAAAUUGACCGCACAGUAGGAAGCCUGGAGCAAAUGUCGUCGUCUAUCCGAAGAUCUUUAUCGGGAGAGGUAAAUUGUACAAAAAUCGUCCGCCGAGCCAGUGAUGGUACGAUGGACAACGCUUCAGCAUCAGCUUCCGAAGGAGAUCAUGACCAUAGCUCGUCUAGCAGUGCUACGGAAAAACUAGACAACAGCUCCGGCUCCUCCGCAACCCAUCUCGACCUCCAGAACAUCAAGAUAGAACACGUUGCAAAUCUAGCUCCGUUCACAACGACGACGGACACCACGUCGAAACAAGAAUUGCCAAGCAACCUACUCGCCCUCGCACCGGUCAACAUGGCGGACUGCUCGACGGCGGCAGACCCCGACGCUGUGGAGCACGAUUUUCUUAGUCGAGUGCUCAAGCCCGAGGAGGUGGUGUUGUCGCGAGGAGGCCAGGUGAAAUUAUCCAGCGAAAGUGCAGUGAGUGCCGCGGGGACGUCUUCCUGCACAUCCUCGUCGUCUGCAAGUUCGGCUGUUGGCGACGAUGAAAACGACGAGACUAUUGACGCCCGUGCUACUUCAGUGCCGAGGAGAACAAUACAGCAAGAGCUGCUAGAAGCGGAAACCAAACAGCAGGAAGACCAAAAUGUCAGUGCUGGUUUUCGGGCUGCUUCCGCGUCUCUGUCGUCAAUCAUGAAAAGAGCUACUUCUUCUACCAGUGCAGCUGCUACUAGUACUAGCAACGUAGCUGUAGCUGUACUACCCGCGAACAAGCCGCCGCCCGGGCCGGGUAGUUCGUCAUCGCUUUCUGAACAAGAGAAGAACAGCUCUGGCGCUCUCAACCACGCCGGGGCUCAUCAACCAGCGGCGGCUGCUGACCUCUUCGCGAUCCACGCCUCGCCCCAAGCCUCCCCGAUUUUGGCGCUGAGCGAGCCGGACCGGGAUCAGGACAACAUGCAGUCGUUCCUCUCGCCUGCUAUCACGACGACCGGAGGCGGCAAUUAUAUCGCGAACGGGACUUCAACUGUUGGUGGUAGGGCGGCGGCGGGGGGAGCGACCGCGUUAAUAGACACUUCCAGUACGCGCCUGCUUAACGACGCAGUCCUGGCUUCGUCCGGGGAACAGAACGACUUGUCGCCGAUCUUCUUCUACUCCUACGGGGCGGGGGGAGGAAGAUUGGAGGACGACCAGGUAGUUUGUGUCUGUCUCUGUGCUUUUUGAACCUUUUAGCUGAUUUUCAUUUUUGCGUACUAAAAAAAUGCUUUCGUGAAAUUCAAAUUUAGUACAAUUUUCAGCUUCCGUUUCAGCUGCUGCCCACUUCCACUUGCAUUCGCCCAGCUGAUGUCUUCAAUCUGGAGCACGGCGAACAAGAAGUGGUCUGCAAAGUAGUCGGAGAAAAAGAAAUCUAAAACUCACUGCAUCGUUAUAUCAUCAGGUCGCAGAUCAUCAUGUUGGUGCUCCAGAACAUCACACGAAGAACUCCGACACCUUCGACAAGAAACGGGAGGACGUGCUGUCGCACGAAAAAUCUGCAAAGAGGUCAUCCGCUACAACCCCGGCGUCGAAAGACAACUACAAAGAGGAUGCUACAAGCCCCGGCCUGGAGUUUUUCUCAGGCGCGAAAAUGGUGAACAGCCCGGGUCUCAACGCCGUGCCGCCGUUGACAAGCCCUCGCGACGACCCGACUAGUUGUACGGAUCCUGCACGAGAAGUAGAAGCGGUAACAAAGAUGCGAGAGCUGCCUGGCUCGCCAAAAGUCAGUCACUUCUCUUUGGUCGAAUACAGCAAUAAAGAGAAGGCCACCUGCUCCUCCUCCUCUUCGCGGCAGGAAGUGCGUAGUAUUAAAGGCGCUUCCAUUGAUGUGUCGGAAGCAGGUGCAGCAGGAACGGAAUCGACAUCGAUCGAGGAGGUAACUCUAACUGCAGGUCACACAGCGUCCAGCUUCGUCCCGAUCCCCGUUAUUUCGAAGACCGGGAUCGCAACGAGUAGCUCUUCAACCAAAAAGCAGUCGAACCAAAUUGAACCAAAACUCGAUGCUGCGAAGCCGAAAAGCCGCACGAACCGCUUCCGCCCUCUCGAGCAGGAGUAUCCACUAUCCGCGCGCGCAAAGAGCCAGUUGUUCGGCGACGGCGCGGCUGGUACAACGAGUAAUUUGAUGGCAAGAAGGAGAAGCAGCGCAGAAAGCAGAGUUACCGAAACAACGGCACGAGGGCCGGCUGUUGCAGUCCAUCAAGAAGAACCAGCCUUGGAUCAACGUGUUAAGAACACCAAAAAGUCGUCUGCCUCCGCAUCGCCCGUGGACUCUGAGCAUUCUUCCACUCGAGCGAAGUCCGGCACCCCCUCGCCAGUGGAUCCCCAGUCGUUUUUCGGGAAAAGCAAGCGGCAGCUGUUACGCGACGUGAUUCGGUCCGCGGACCAGCAGCUGGCGCAGAAGGAGCAGGCAUUGCAAAGGCAGGACCAUAAUUAUGGUGCGAAUGUGGAUGUGGAAGCUGCAAUGAAGGACAGUAACUCAAACGGGAAGCUGCAUAGCGCAGACAUCGUACUUUCAAAAACCGAACGGCGUACUGGAUUCAAACGCCCGCCGAAAGUGGAACGAGCGGCACUGUCUACCUCACGAGAGCAAUCCCAACAUGCAGUUCUGACGGCGCAAGCCACAACAUCUCCAAGGGUUGACACUGCAAACAUUCUCCUACCAACUGCGGCAAACAUGUACAACCAGCACUACAACAAUACCGCAGCUGGAGUCGUUCAUCUUGCUGGGCAAACGCAUUUCACGAACACGACUUCAGUCCCGGCAGGCAACAGCAGUCCGUCGUCCGCCCGACAGCCUGCUUUCUUCGAGCAACUGGGGACGCACCGGCCGGGCGACUUGCACGAGGAACACGACGGCUACAACUUUAACCGCAUUGUCGGAGAGUUCGCAGGGGCGUCGCCCUCCGUUGCCGCCGCGAAUUACGACCACGCGUCUCGGAUCCGGUCGCCGAUUGAAUUCGGGAACAACGGUGGAGGAGGUCCGCUCGGGCUCGUGCAACAGCUGCAUCUGAACAGUAACAACCAAUCCGGCGGUGUUCCUGUUAAUAAUCUGUACUUCCAGCGAGAACCAGAAGCGGGCUCGUUGGCGAGUUUAGACCUUGGUUUAGGAGGUGGACGAACAGGCCAAGAUGGAGCUGCUGUAGCGACGCGUCGUCCUUCUUACGGAACAGGUUUCGCCACGGAUGUGUAUAUGGAGUCCAUGCAAGCCCAACAGCAGGAGGAGGAGUUUGCCCCGUUGGCGCUGCGGAGUUUCGAGCCCCAGGGCUACUACGACACGAACACUGCGGCGCCGCAGCGACGCAUGCCCGCGCCCACCCAGCGAGAACAGAUGACGGCGCUGAGCGGGGUGAGCGCAGUGACGUCCGGCGGGGGGUCGUCGCGGUCGUCGUCUAAAGUAGGCAGUGCGGUGAAUGGUAGUUCUCCACCUCCGGCGAUUCCCGUAGUUCCGGGAACAAACCACGGGGGUUACCACCACACCCACCUAUUGCAGCGCAGUCGGAGUUUGAAUGGCUUCGCCACAAUUUCCGAGAUGCGGGAAAGACAGGCGCUGGAACGGGAGCGGGCGGGGACCGGGGCGAGUGAGCAAAAAGGCAUUUCUCCGCUGGACACGCGGCCGGACAUCUAUUUCGGUACGCCGCUGCUGGAGAAAGAUCCGAGCGCGCGGUCAUUUGUCUCGGUGACAACUGAACCGGCCGAACAGAACCUGCAUUUCGUGUCGCCAGAGAAGAUAAGCAUGACUUCUUCAUCGAAGCGGAACAAGUUCGUCCCGUACAAUCACGAUCGCGGUGGUGUUUCUACGAUCCAUGGUGCUCUUGGAGCGGGUACGACGCAUGGUGCCAGGCAGACCGGUACAGCGAAUACACAGUACACGCCAGGGCCAGACUAUCGCCCCGCCCAUUAUUCAACUUCAUACGCGGCCUCCUCCUCAACUCCCUUCGUUCCUGCGGGGCAGCAGCAAAUAAGCCACGAAGGAGGUCCACCUCCGCCAAAUUUUGUCAUAUCGACCGAUCCUGGUCACCAGCAACAGCAAUCACAGGCCCUGCAGCUCUCCACGUCUGCUUUGCUGCUGGACGAGCUGUCUUUUGUGGACGACGCGAAAAAUAACGGGUCCUUCGGGGACCAAGUUUUGGUUGAGGACUCCUUGAUGUUGCGCGGCUCCACGACCUCAUCCGGUGCUGCAACAGGAGGUUGUAUCGCACCACAGCUGCAGCAGGAGAGUUCUACUUUGUUCACACAACUGGACCACGCCGAGUCCCUCGCGCAGCGAAGACAGGAACUGCGAGAUGAGGCGUGGGAGGCGAUGCUGAGAAACGAGGUGCGAUCGCCUAGCGACGGGGAGGAGGACGGGCAGGCCGGGAAAAUGAGUGCAGCUGCUCCGAACUUUGUUUUUUUCGGGAGUAGGGACAGCGAAAAUGGAAAUCAACUACAAACAGCGGGAGCAGUGCCUGCUGUCGAUGUUGUGCGAGAACAAGAUAACGAGCAGGACGAGCCUGCAAAGCAAACUAACAAACCUUUGCGAAGUAGUUCCUUCACACUGUCCGCACCCUUGUUGGAGGAUUUGAGGGCGAUUCCGGAGGAUGGUGAGUUGAUUUUUGACGGCAGCGCUGUGAAUUUUGGUCGCGGUGGGCGAAUCCAAAGCAGGGAUUUUACUGGUGCGGAUAAUUCAUGUACGACUUCAUCAUAUUCCGCGACGAACAUUGCCGACCAUUUCGUGCCCAUCUAUGUCCCUCCGAAAGACAGACCGCAGGAGAACAAAUGAAGUUCGAGCAACUUCUGGUUGAGCUGUUAACACGAGCUUGAGCAGAACUUUUUCAUUUUUCUGUUAUGACGUCCUCGACGUCCUGUCAACAUCUUCGAGUCCACGAUUGUAUUCUGCGAAAAGCUUUCACUUGUUUUCCCUUCGACUUGUUGUUGUUUUCUUUUCUCUGCUGUGUCGUGGUCGUUGGUCCGAGUCAGUGCCCGAGCCCCUGCACAGUGAAAAAAAUAUA